UGUAGCGCGUUAAGAAAACUCAGCCAAGCAACAAAGUUACGGAUCAGAGCUGUUGUUCCUCGGUGUGCAAUGGACGGCCGCCUAGAGACUGAAUUGUAUCCUAUGGGAUCGAGUUACGCAGAAUUAGACGUCGUUCACGAUAUUACAGUUGGUACAAAGAGAGGAUCUGACGAGUUAUUCUCCUGUGUUUCCAGCGGGCCCUAUAUCAUGAGCUCAGCAGCCAACGGCAGCGACAGCAAGAAGUUCAAAGGGGACAUCAGAAGUCCUAGUCUUCCAUCUAGAGUCAUACAUGUCCGCAAGCUCCCCAAUGACAUCAAUGAAGCUGAGGUCAUCUCCCUCGGCCUUCCGUUUGGCAAAGUCACCAAUCUGCUCAUGCUGAAGGGAAAGAAUCAGGCGUUCUUGGAGAUGAAUUCAGAGGAGGCUGCUCAGACGAUGGUUACGUACUACUCUUCAGUCACACCAGUCAUCAGGAACCAUCCCAUCUUCAUGCAGUAUUCCAACCACAAAGAGCUCAAAACAGACAACUCGCCAAAUCAAGUGAGGGCGCAGGCGGCACUGCAGGCAGUGAAUGCCGUUCAGACAGGCAGCUUGGCUCUAGCUAGUGUUGACCCGUCUGGUAUGGCUGGCCCCAGCCCUGUCCUCAGAGUCAUAGUUGAAAACCUCUUUUACCCCGUGACCCUGGAUGUCCUUCAUCAGAUCUUCUCCAAGUUUGGCACGGUGUUAAAGGUGAUCACUUUCACAAAGAACAACCAGUUUCAAGCUCUCCUGCAGUUUGCCGAUGGCCUGACCGCACAGCAUGCCAAGCUGGCUUUGGAUGGACAGAACAUCUACAACGGUUGCUGUACCCUGCGCAUCAGUUUCUCUAAGCUCAGCAGCUUGAACGUGAAAUACAACAACGACAAGAGCCGUGACUACACACGACCAGAUCUGCCCACAGGAGACAGCCAGCCUGGUCUCGAACAUCACGCUAUGACUGCUAUUGCUCCUGGUAUUAUCUCCGCUGCACCGUACGGAGGAGCUCACGUCUUCCCACCUGCAUUCGCCAUCCAGCAGGCCACAGGGUUGACUCUGCCUGGGGUUCACGGAGCUCUGGCCUCGCUUUCCAUCCCCGGAGCAGCAGCGGCCGCUGCAGCUGCGAGCAGAAUGGGCUUCCACACAUUCCCCGGCGGCCACUGCGUCAUGCUGGUCAGCAACCUGAACCCUGAGAGAGUUACGCCCCAUUGCCUCUUUAUUCUCUUCGGUGUGUAUGGGGACGUAUUGAGAGUGAAAAUCAUGUUCAACAAAAAGGAAAAUGCUCUCGUACAGAUGUCUGAUGUGACACAAGCUCAGCUUGCAAUGAGCCAUCUCAGUGGGCAGAAGUUAUAUGGCAGGCCCCUGCGUGUUACGCUUUCCAAACACACGACUGUCCAAAUGCCACGAGAGGGACAUGAGGAUCAGGGUCUCACCAAAGACUACAGUAACUCUCCUCUCCAUCGCUUCAAGAAGCCAGGCUCCAAAAACUACUCCAACAUCUUUCCUCCAUCAUCCACUCUGCACCUUUCGAACAUCCCGCCCGCUGUUGUUGAAGAUGAACUCAAGAUGCUCUUCGCUAGCAAUGGUGCUCUGGUUAAGAACUUCAAGUUCUUUCAGAAGGAUCGUAAGAUGGCUUUGAUUCAGAUGGGUUCAGUGGAGGAAGCAAUCGAGUCUCUCAUUCAGUUACACAAUCACGACCUUGGAGAAAACCACCAUCUUAGGGUUUCCUUUUCUAAAUCCACUAUUUGAAACAAAUGCUGGGUUAGAGGGGGCUGGAGAUGCCCGUUAUUUUUAAACCUCGAGUCUUAACUAAAAAGCUCACUUUCAUCAUUCCAUUGUACUUUAUUUAAGAGGCAUUUUAGUGGUUUUAAAUAUUUACAUAUGUUUUAAUCAAAUAUUUUAAUCAAGGUUUUAAAGCAGUUGUUUGUCCCUCGACUUCAAGUUGAUCAAUGUUAUUUUGUAUCAUUUUAAUCGGUAGAUGUCAUUCCGUCUUUCCCCAAUUCAGUUUUAGGGCUAGUUCAACUCUAGACACGAUUGAUUUAUGUAGAUGCAGAGCUCAACCUCCACGGGCCUUUAAUUCCACAACAUACCAUUUUGUGCCUUACUGCCCCAGAACCUCAAACCUCUGCAAAUCAUGUUUGCAAAUCUGUAGUUUACAAUCAGUUUCAUGCUCUCUGCAGACAUGGAUCAUUUCAGUAAGCCGAUGGUACAGGCCUUGAACUCUGCAUUAUAUCCCAGAGUUAUAUUCUCUAUAUCCUCUAGCUUUAGCAUUUAUACUGUAUCUUUAGAAAUAGAAUGUUUACAAACAAAUUUAUGCAAUCAUUUGUGUAUGAAUCCAAUAGUUAAAUCUAGAUUUGUCUUGUUUUUUUAUACUGUGGGCCAUUGCAUGUUGGCUGUGGUCAGUAGAUCAUUAAUCGCUGUUUAUUGUUUGUCCUGUAUUUUGAAUAAUGUUUAGUAGUGUUGGGCUUCAUGUUAAUGUGUGAUAUAGCAGAUUAUUUAAGCUAUUCUAGUUAAAUGCCCCAUGUUUUGUAUGUAUUGAUGUACCUGCGUGUACGCGACAGCUCGAAACCAAAGCCUUCAUAAGGGACAGCCUGACACGUAUUGCCUCAAAUGGCUUGUAGAAACAUGUCCUCUCAGUGCUCAAGCGUGGCUUUGACGCUCUGGAUAUCUCUCUGUAGAGAACGCCUGCGUGAUGGAAACAGCAGUGCAGGUGAAUUGGGACGGUCAGCAGAUAUAUCUGAUAAUCAGCACUCCUGCUGAGCUGUGCACAUCACACAAGUCUUAACACAUCAGACACAAUGGCCUUCAGUGACCUCUGUAAAUAAGGAGCUGGGACCUUUAUUCUCCUUAAAGUGAAAAUUUGUUUUGGAAAUACAAAAAAGUGCCUUUUUAAAAUGAUCACAGUCCCGGUAGAUUCAUAGCAGUCAAGUCCAGAGACACAAUGCUGUACAAAAUUCUAAAAAGAUGUUUUCUGAAAGGCUUGUCAGGGCAACGAGAAACCUGUGAUGCAAAUCUGGCACUGCUCUGGACCAGGGAAUAUAGAGGAAAAAACGCCACCUUUGUUUUAUUAUAUUACAAACAGUUUGUUAACUUUUUUUACUAUUUUUCACUACUUCCCUUUUGUAUGGGACCAAUCUCAAGUUUAGAGGCUGAUAAACAUGCGCUUUAAACUUGCCUUGUUGGAAAAGUCACUUUAAAAUGCCUAAAAAAUGUGUAAAAACGUUUUUGUGCAUCCUUGCACAACACAAAAACCCUUGAUAUAUAACAUCUGCCUUAGAUUGAAAACUGUUUCUACCUGUAGUCAGACAGAUAAGGUGUACAUGCUAUUUUUGUAUCAUAAUGUUAUGGGUUUUAUACCUGUGAAAACAUGUAUAUUUUGAUUACAGCCAUGGACCAUGAGCAUGCAAAAAUAAAGUUCAAUAUAAAAAUGGUUAAAAUCAGGAUUACACCGUUGCAGUCUCGUUCUUCAUGACAUUCCUAGUUGUACUUUUCUAUGUGUUUUA